AUGCCUAUACAGGUCUACUCCUUCUACAUCUUCGACCGUCACACGGAGUGUGUAUACUCCAAGCUAUGGGUUCCCCGGCCCAUCCCCAGUAGCUCCAUCACGAGCCCACCCUCCUCGCGCCCUCCGUCGCAACAACCAUCCUCGGCCCUCCAACAACAACAGCAGAUCCAACAACAACACCAACACCCACACCACAGCACCACCACCACCACCGCCUCGAACACGAUCGCAGUCCCCCAGCCUCCCGCGCCGACCACCAGCAGCAGCAACACCGGCGGGCCCCCGGGGCCGCGUCGGCGCGGAAAAGGGACCGCGGCCUCGGACGACGCAAAGCUGAUCUUCGGCACGGUCUUCAGCCUGCGCAACAUGGUCCGCAAGCUGGGCGGCGAGGACGACGCCUUCAUCGCGUUCCGCACCCAGCACUACAAGCUCCACUACUACGAGACCCCGACCAACCUCCGCUUCGCCAUGCUCACCGAGCCCGGCGCCCUCAGCAUGCGCAACGUCCUCCACCAGAUCUACAUCAACCUCUGGGUUGAGUACGUUGUCAAGAAUCCGUUGUCGCCGGUAGAGCACAAGGGCGGCGAGGGAGUCAAGAACGAGAUGUUCGAGAUGGGCCUGGAUAAAUUCAUCAGGGGGUUAAUGUGA